CCACCACCACCACUACCGACCAUGUCCUCCCUUCGCAACGCCGUCCAACGCCGCAACCACCGCGAACGAGCCCAACCCGCCGAACGCGCCAAAUGGGGACUUCUCGAAAAACGCUCCGACUACAAACUCCGGGCGGCAGACCACAAAACCAAGACGCGCAAAAUCAAAGCUCUGCAAUACAAAGCCGCAGACCGAAAUGAAGAUGAAUUCUACUUCUCCAUGGUCAACAACUCGACCAAAAAUGGCGUGCGAAUUUCCAAGAGAGGUGAAGCGAACAACGGCGGUGCGGGAGGCGCGAUGGAUGUGGAUGUGGUGAGAUUGAUGAAGACGCAGGAUGUGGGGUAUUUGAGAACGGUGUUGCAGCGGACGAGGAAGGAAAGGAAGAGGUGUGAGGAGAAGGUUGUUUUGGGGGAGACGGAGAUUGAGUUGAAGCCGGGGAAUGGACGGAUUGUGUUUGGCGAGGACGGAGAGGAAGAUGGCGCUGUUGCGAGACCGGUGGGAGGGACGGAGGUCGAGGCAGAUGAUUUUGAUAUGGAUCUUGAUGGACUCGAUGAGAGUGAGGAGGAGGAGGAUGGCAGCGAAGAGGGCAAAGAUGAAGAGGAUCUGACGCCCGAGCAGAAGCGACUACGGAGGACGAAGAGACAUGCACGUACAGUCAAUCGGAAUCGAUUGACUGCGCUGAAGAAGCAAGAGUCCAAGUUGCGUGCUGCGUUGGAGGGCGUAGAACACCAGCGUGCGAAGAUGAACGGCACGAUCGGCGGGACCAAUAAGAAUGGAGUGAAGUUCAAGGUACGACAGCGGAAGAGAUGA